GUGAAAGCUGCGCUGCUUGCGCUCCCUGCGACCUUGGACGAGACAUAUGAGCGGAUGCUGCAGAACAUUGCUGCUGAAGACCAAGCAUAUGCGCUGACACUUCUUCGAUGGCUUGCAUACUCGCAGGCCCCCUUAAGACUAGAUGAAGUAGCCGAAAUCAGCACCAUCGUUCCGGGCGAGGAUCCUGCUGCCCACGAUGUUGUGGACAUUUACAAUCGAGGCGGAUUGACAGAUGUUUUGGACAUACUUGCCGGACUCGUUGUCAUGAAGGACACAAAAAUCAGAUUGGCACAUUUCUCUGUAAAGGAAUACCUCGAAUCAACGCGCACAAGAGGAAGUGUCGCACAAAGCUUUCGACUAGACCCAACCCGAGAACAUCGGUUGAUCAAAGAAAGCUGUCUCGUGUAUCUGAUGCACUACAGCAACUCCGAGCAAAAGGCUUCUUCUAAGCAAGAUCUUGUCGUGUUUCCUCUGUUGGAUUAUGCUGCUGCAAUGUGGUAUCGCCAUGCCUUGCUUCAACAGGCCGAAGAUUAUCGCUGCGAAAUACAGCUGCUUGAGUCUAAGACUCAUCAAGCCGACUGGCUCAAGAUACACAAGCCCGAUAUGUCUUGGAGUAGACCUUUCGACAACGAUGAUUACGAUGAUAAGGCGAGCUCAUUGUACUAUGCAAGCUUCAUUGGGCGAGUCGGUGUAGUGCAGCUGCUGCUGGAGGCCAAGGCCGACGUCAACGCGCAAGGCGGACGGUACGGCACCGCGCUCCAGGCCGCAUCUUUACGGGGCUACGACAAGGUGGUGCGGCUGCUGCUGGAGGCCGAGGCCGAUGUCAACGCGCAAGGCGGAGACUACGGCAACGCGCUCCAGGCCGCAUCUUUACGGGGCUACGACAAGGUGGUGCGGCUGCUGCUAGAGGCCGAGGCCGAUGUCAACGCGCAAGGCGGAGACUACGGCACCGCGCUCUAUGCCGCAUCUUCCGGCGGCCACGACAAGGUGGUGCGGCUGCUGCUAGAGGCCGAGGCCGACGUCAACGCGCAAGGCGGACAGUACGGCACCGCGCUCUAUGCCGCAUCUUCCCGGGGCCACGACAAGGUGGUGCAGCUGCUGCUGUUCGCAGGUGCAAUCAAUAAGACAGGAGAAGAUGAAAACACAGAGGAAUAA